AUGCUAUUGAAAAUCUCCACUUCUUUAUACGAACCUAGCGAAUUUAAAUCGGAGACCUCUCCCCACGCUUCGACUUUCAAACCGAAAGAUGUGGAUCCGGGUACAAGUAAAAAUGUCGCUGCAACUCAGUCACCCAGACCUUCCGUUCUAGAAAUCGAACAGCAGACAGAUACUCCCAUAGAACAACCACUAACCGAAGUCGAAAAGUUCGUCAAGGAAGCUUGGCCGGAAGCUCUGCUGGACAGAGACAUUGAUGACAAAUCAUUCACCAACGUAAAGAACAAGGUGAUAAUUAAAGCUGAGUGGCGUCUAGUCAAAGCUGAUAUCCACGUCUUCGAAAAGCUCAAUGAGAUCCAAUCAGCUCUACGCGUCGCUCUGGUACCAUAUUGCAUAUGGACGGAGCGCCUAGCCCACGAGAUGAGUAGUGAUUUCAAAGGUAUUUGCGUGUGGGCAAACGAGCGCCGCAACUUGAAAUGGAUCGAAUUAUUACAUGCUAUAUUCAAAAACAUGGAGCUACAUGACUGCCUCCAUAGCUCACUCACAGUCUUCGCCGGCAUAAGCCCUGACAAAGGGGACUCAAUCUACUCCUUUGCCUGGCGUUUAAGAAGCGCGUUCUAUGGAUUGUCACAGACCGAUAGAGUGAGCCGUACAACACGGACAAUGAUAACGGACCUCUGCAGUAAAUAUCUACCGAGGGUCUGGACAUUAGGUGAACCCAGUUUAGAUAGACUUCGCAACAGCCAGAGGGUAGAAAAAGUCGUCCAGAUAGCUGAAAGAGUCUGCAAAUGGAGCAGUGAGGAUAAGCACUUUGUCAAAACCUCGGAAACCUAUUUGUCUUCAAUGGAUGUAGCUACUUCCCAAAACGACCUCAAUCUUUACCCUGCCAUUGAAUAUCCUCCAGAUUCGGUGUACGUUAAUCACUGUGACGUAUGUUUCCAUUGUCAAAAGGAAGGUCAUUGGGCCAACAAUUUCCCCAAUAAACAUCGAUACCACCAAAAUUUCGGCAGGCACACUAUUGAGAGAAUAGAUAACACUCACCGAAUCGGCAAUACUCAUCGGAAUCCAAAUCCAUCAAAAGGAAAUUCUCGAGUUCUAGUACCACAAAGUCCUAAACACCUACUACACCAGUUGACACUCAACAACAGAACCUAUCUCGUCAAUUCUGAUGAACUAUACAAAGAUCAUCAAGUAAACCCAUCACAGAUCGGCUGCCUCGAUCCAGGUCAAAAUGAUGAUGAAAUAGACCUCGACAACCUCAUAAAUGAUAUGGAUAGAGAAUACCCUGAGAAACAAUGA